AUGGCGCCUAAAACAAAAAGGGUUGACAAAUUACACAGAAAAAAAGGCUGUUACAUAUCUCAAGAGUCAGCAAUUACGAAUGAAAUUAUUAAUUUGGAAGAAGAAAACUUAAGAGAAUUUGAGGAGACAGAAAAAAAACUUAUUAAUGAAGUUCUUCAUUGGCAUAAGGGCUCUGCAAGUAACAUUAGAACAGUGUAUACUGAAACUUCAAGAACUACUACCUGGAGGCAAGAAAUUAGAAGAAAAGAAUUAGAAAACGAUGCAAAGGGAAUGAAAGCACUUGAUACAUUUUUUAUAAAUAAACAAUUUACAGAUCCUUCCACUGAGAAUAAUUUACAAAUGUGCUUAAAAGAAAUAAAUCAACAAUGCUUAGUAUCAAAAUCUGUAAAAACAAAUAAUAAUGUUUUUACUUAUAAUUAUUUAUGCUGUCUAUGUAUAUACAAUUAUUAUUGGAUGGAUGAGGUAAAAAUGGACACAAGCAAUCAGAUUGCACAAACUAUGUGGAACAAAGGAAAACAUACAAAAUUAGAAAGUUUGUUAAAUGGAGAAAAUUUUAAAGAAAGCUGUCAAUCAUGGAAACCAGAAUCACGUUUUCAUGGAAACUUGAAAAUAUAUACUGAAGGAAUAUUAUUUCAGAAUUAA